AUGGCCAACGCGGCCGCGGGCGAGGUCUUCUGCGGGUCGCAGGCAAGCUCAUACUUUGCGCUGGAGCCGAUUUCCGCGGCGGUUCUGUGCAGUCGAGAGACCAAGCGACGGGAUGCGACCAAGGAGAAGGGGCCUCUGAGGGUUGGGUGUCGGGAGGUGGACGAGGAGGUCCUUGUGGGUGGGUUUGAGAGGGGGACUGUUGUUGGGGUCAGUGCCGAGAGCGAGCAGAUGGGGCUUCUUAUCUCAUUGCAGUCGUUGGCCAGCACGCUGUGCGAGGAGGCUGGCGGUGACGCAUCCAAAGAAAACGACGCGAGGGCGAUGGUUGUCACGACGCAGCCGCCUGCCACUGUCCUCCCGACACUGAGGGAUGCGAUCAGGUCGGAGCUCAGGGCGCGCGGGACGGCCGAAGCAGAGGUGAAGAGCAAGCUGAGGGGCUGUCUGGAGAGGGUCUCCGUGUCGAGGGUCUUUGAUCUCGAGGGCCUGUGGGAGGUUUUGGGCGACUUGGACAUUCCCACCGAGAGCGUGACUUCGCAGACAUCACCGGUCCCUGAUGAGGAGCAGCAGCAGCAGCAGCAGCAACCUGACCAGGAGCAGAGAGGGGAAAUGGAGGGAGGCAAAGGGGACAUGGGAGAGGUUGUGCAAGGCCCAGAGCCCUUGCCGGGUUUGCCUAGGAAUUCGGCGCCGGAGGAACAAUCCGAGAGGAUAGUGCUACCGGAGCUCAAACCGGCCAAACCCACGAGGACGGAGAUUGCAGACAGCGACGAGGAGGACGCCCUGUCGCUAUCGAGCGAGUUAUCGUCACCGCCUUCUUCCAUUCGGUCCCCAACACCGUACGCGGCAGACUCCCCUGAGAAGCCGGCCUCGCAGGACUCACGUCACGAGGACACCCAGCAAGAAAUUCAAGACGAGACGCGAGAGGAGAUUCCUCAGGUACCACAGGAGCUGGCUGAGAAUAAAACGCCAGAAGAGCAACCGAGUGAGCCGGGACCGCCAGAUAUCAUCCUCAUCACGCACUUCCAAAGCCUCAUGACAGCCCUCUUCACGCGCCACGACCGGCAGUCCGCGCAUCAAUCGUUGCAGGUCCUCUCCGCACAUCUACGGUACCUGGCGAGGAACCUGCCGAGCAGCCCACUAAUCAUGUUGCUAAACAGCACGAGCUCUUCCAAGGAGGCACCGACGACGGCGUCGAGGCCUGCGGACCACCGAGAUGGCCCACCGCCGCCCCCGAACUACGGCGGAGGUGCCGGUGGCAGCAGAAGCAGCAAGCCGCUCGAUCCGACCCUGCGGUCGAUAUUCAAUCCGCCCCCGCUGAAUGUUGCGGGCUACGGCGGCAACCAGGCGGCGUCGAGGCGGAACAGGCCGACGUUUGGGCUGGUGUUUUCGCAGCUUCUCGAUCUGCAUCUCUUGUGCACGAGGGUCCUGAGGGACAAGGAGGACGUCGAGAAGGUUUAUGCCCUCGCGCCCGGGCCCGGGGUCGGCCGGGAUGAUCGAGGAUUCACGGGCGCUGUGAGAUACGUCUGGGUAAUAGAGGUUCUGCUGGACGAGCUCGGCGUCUGGGAGGGGAGUCUCCCCGGCGGUGCGGUGAAAGUGCGGAAGGGGAGGGAGCAGAGGUGGGCCGCCGUCGAUGUCAAGGGCGGGAGGGUGGUGGACGCGUUCGAGAUGGCAGAGCAGAACGCCCGAUAG